AUGAGAAGUGCAGGCUCAGCAGAGGUAGAGCGGGAGUCCGAGAGUAUUCGGCGACACACAUCUCAAGGUGAAAACGAAGGCCGCCCCCAAGAUGACGCUCAGCCCUCACUCAAGCGAGCGAAAAGAGGGAAAUACGUUUCGAAGGCAUGUGUUCAGUGCCAGCGACGUAAAAUUAAAUGCGAUGGAAAUGCUCCCUGUCGAGCUUGUACAGUUAAAGGACGUGACUGUCAGCGAGUGGGUACAGAUAUGCGGGGAAGAUGGCGAGCUGCCGAACGCAUAUCUGCAGAAUCCAAGGAUUUGGUCCCUCGAAUGAGUCGGGUAGAGCGUCAACUGGGCUUAGUGAGAGGCACCGAAGAUCAAGGACCUGGUGAACCAGAGAAGGUGGGCGGAGAGUUCGAAUCAAGCAGUCGAGAUCGGAGUCCACAGCCACAAGUCCCGACCUUCUCUGGUGAGACAUCUAUUGCGCACAAUCUCACUGUUGUGGAGGGACGACUUGAGCAGAUGGGCGUGCAAUACAAAAGACUCCGCUCUGCGUCGCCACGUCAAAGAUUUGCAUCACGUCUCACGCCGUCGCCGAACGAAUUAAUCGACGAUUCAUCAGGGCGACAGAUGAGCUUCAUUCAGAAAGUGCUGGAUGCUCAUCGCAUCGUACCCGAACGACAACAAUGGGAUAGGCUGAUGCAUACAUUUUGUGAUGAGGUGCAUAUCCUUGUGCCAUUUCUUCACCUCCCUAGCUUGUGGAAACUUCAUGAUCAGUUUUGGAAGUGCAGUUGGAAUCGCCAGUCUAAAGAUCGGCAAGAGCACGGCGCUCACCGAGUCCAAACCGCGCAGGUUUUACUUGGUAUCGCAAAUGGAAGAUGUGUGGAAUCCUCGCGUUUCGAAGGUGAUGGAGGUCCUUAUUCCGCUGGUUGGAGUUUAUACAGCGCUGCUAGGGACAUAUUCGGUGACCUGCUUGACGGAUUCCGGCAAUGCGCGGACCAAAUCCUUAUUCUACAGACAGUUAUCAUGAUGGUAGUGUACCUAUUUCGACUCGAUGCGCACGGAUCUGCCGAGAAAAUACUCGCGCUUGCAAUAUCACACUCGCAUCAUCUCGGCCUCCAGAGAGAAAGUGUUGUCGGCGCAAUGUCUCCAUUUCAAUGUGAAAUGGCUCGCCGCUUGUGGUGGUGCAUCUACUUGCUGGACCGAAGGCUGGCCAUCGAAACCGGCCGUCCUUUCCUCAUCCAAGAUGUGAAUGUCGACGUGGAACUACCUAGGAACGUCAAUGACGAAUGGUUGACUACCCACAAGACGACUCAGCUUGCGAUAAACGUAAAUGUUCCAAGCAACGAACAAACUCUUACGUCAGUACCGUACCUCAUAGCCAUGGCUAGCUAUUCAAAGGUCGUCGGAAAGGUGUGGGAAGCCCUCUACGGGGCGACUACAUCUGAGUCAACCCCAAGUCCAUUGCUCAACGAGUAUCUUGAGCACCUGGCAACCCAGUCGCAGAAGGGGCUUCAAAAGGAAUUUACCCAUAAUUUAAAUCAUGAAGAUACAUAUGAUAGUGCAGGGUUAGCUUGGUGGCAGGUGAAGCAGCAUCUCAUGAUGCGUAUCAGGUGGUGCUCGCUAUAUCUUUUGAUCCGCAAGCCCAUGCUUCAAAAAGAGCGAUAUAAUAACAACCCACCACCUGAAGCAAUCGAGAACGAGGUCAUCUGCAUGCGCCUGGCCCAAAGAAUUAUCGAUGACUUCAGAAACGUACCGGAAGAACAUCCCAAGUACACAUUUCCAUUCUUGCAUUACCUGACCAGUGCCACGAUCAUUGCACUUGGCCUCAUCAUCAAACAGCCCUCCUUCAAAAGUACUUAUGGGGCUCUGACGCUUAAGGCUGCCAGAUCCCUUAGAGAGCAUUGUCGCAAGACUUGGAUGUCUGGGAAAAUGAUCCAAACAGUAUGGAAGCUGAAUCAAAUGGCAGAUGCUAUUUUGAGCCCAAAUGAUUUAGCACUAGACCAUACGUCCCGCUUUGGAGACAGCACAUUUGCUCAGCUGCCCACCGAUGGUUUGACCCAGCCAAAUUCUAAUAUCAACAAAAGCCUUUCCGAGCGCCGUAUGAUGGUUAAAUCAACCGUGAAGCUGCCCCAGUCUGCUUCAGCAACCUCAAUGGGAACUCGAAGCCAUAGUCAGGUUAUCGCCUACAAGUUUAAUAAUAACCCGCCAGUGCCGCAAAUCGAAGAGAGCUCAGCCAUCGCAGAUGCACAGAAUUGCCAAGGGACUAGAACCACGCACGAAAGAGCUGGAGCCGUCAUCUCGAUAUUGAACUUGGGCGGCAACAAUCAUCCAGCUCUGCAGAAUGACAGCUCUCAUAAGCCAGAUGCUUUCCCACACCUUACAGCACACAGCCGGAAUCACCCAGAAGCUCAACUUGGAACGAGAAGUGAUGUGGAGAAUCUAGGUGGUCAUGAACAUGGAACCAGUUCGUCGCAGAUGUACGAUGUAAUGCAGUCGGAAAUGGGUGUAGACGCUCCGUUACCGGGACAAAUCAUCAACGGUGGAAUGGAAUGGCUUCAAUCGUUGUUUUCUAAUGGCCUCGAUUCGCAGAUCCUACCUGUGUGGGAUUAA